AUGCCAAAGAAAAAAUCUGAGAAAACGGUGACCUCCGUGAAAAGUAAAAAACAAUACAACGAAAAUGCAUGGCAAGAGCUUUUGGAAUCAUUAUCAAUUAAUGAUGAUCAUUGGUGGUGUAUCGUAACAAUGAUGAUAGAGACUAAGAGUGAUCAUGCACGAUGUGUGUCGAUGUUUAACGAAGCUGCAGAAGAGGGGAAACGAAAAGCAAUUUAUACUCUGAGCCAUCAGAAAAUGUUAGCUAACGUUAGGUCACUGUCUAGACAGGAUCCAGAUAAAUGUCCAGUUUUACAACGAGUUUGCCAUCAUGCCAACAAGCUACUCGAAGCUAAUAUUGAAUCUACAUGGUUGUUAGCACGCGUUAUCAAAUAUAUGGUCUAUCGUGCCAAAAUAGAAUCGGUGGUUAAGAUCAAGAAGGAACAGGAAUUAAAACGAGCUAUCGAUGAUGAAUAUCGUAUUAUGCAGACUGUUGUUGAUCCAACUACGUCGAGAAGUGUUAAAAAAAAGUACGAUCAGUCCUUGAGAGGUAAAGCCAAUACUCGGCUUAGAAUUCGAGAAGAAGAAUGGAGAGACAUAGUUUACGUCGAUGAUGCUCCACUCGACGGACCUAAUCUAUACAUCGUUUUAACGGGUUUUCACGAUCCUGAUCUAUUCGUAGAACUAAUGAACAUUGGUGUACCUAUGACUUGUAUACUCAAGAUAAAAAGACCUGGUGAAACAUUAGAACAUGUCUCGUUAUAUUACAACGAAGAAAAAAAUCAGAAUGUCAAUAGAAUGUGGUUAUCCUAUCCUGAAACUUACACCGUCGAUAAAGUCGAUCUUUAUAAAUUCUGGACAUCAUUGAAAAACACUUUAAAAGAUCCACAAGCCAUUCAAGUAUUUUCAAACGUAGCGUUUCUUACUUACAAGCCACCAUUUUUGGCAGAGACAUUUGAUGACUUUGAAUACAAAAUUCUCAAGAAGGAUAUUUUCGAUAAAGUAUCUUUUAUCGUGUACGAUCUUUACGAUCUUCUUCGAAAGCAUUCCAAUUACCUUAGAAGCAUGUUAAUCCAGCGUUACGACAUCGAUGAGAAGGAAGAAGCUGAGGCUAACAUCUACCGUGCAAUUCUCGAUGCUCUACCAACGGAAUGCGUCACCGUGCCAACAUUACUUAAUGCUCUUUUACUGCAGGUCGAAGCCAACUUAGACGUCCUGGUAGAUCGAUCGUUCCAAGAGCAAAAUGUUCCAGCAAAGGAAAAUGUCGUCGAAAAGGAAAAGAACGAGGAAGAGGAAGUGCCAGUUGAGAGUAUCGAUGACGAUGAAGAUUCGUGGGUUAGAAAUAGAGUCAAAAAUUUAAACGAAAAGUACAAAGUUAAAAUGUAUAAAAAUAUAGUAGAAGAGAAUUUCAACGAAUUGCCAAUCGAAUUGAUUCUUCACGGAGACAAAUUGACUCUGAAUACUCAUCACAUUAAUUUGGAUAAUAAUAUCAAAAUGAUGUUGAAUCUAUCCGAUGACAUGACCUUGAGUGAUUCAAUUUUGCAAGUUUAUCAAGAUCCUAGAAUAGUCGAUUGUUGGUUACAUCAUGAAGAAUUAACAGAAGCCAAAAUGAAGGAGUACGAUUGCUAUAUAAAUAAUAUAAUCAAAUACUUUGAUUCCAGUGUUCAAAUCUGUCGAGAGAACAUAUUCCAUUAUUUGCAUUUUUUGAUCUUCGACAAGAUGAUCUAUGGCAAUCGAUUCAAAGAAAAGGAUGAAAAAAUUGAAACGCUAUCAAUUAUUUCUCCUUCAGAAUCUCCGCGUAGAUAUUCAACGUAUCCUUCGUUGUUUUUGCCAAAAGAUAAGAAAAAGGAGUCAAAAUUCUUUUCGAAAAGCGACACUGAGAUAGACUAUGGAAAGGCCGUGGCUGCGUUCUUAAGUUGUCCAAGUCUCUUUGGACUCACCGAUAUAAGGGAAGUUUUGUUACCGAGUUAUUUGGAGAAGAAUGUCUUUGAGGAAAGAAAUAAAAGAAUGCAAAGAAUAGGAGAACCACUUGAAGAAUAUGAUGACGUCGAGUUACUUCCAAAAAAGAUUCUCCUACAAACCCUUUACGAAUGCUUCCAAAAUUUCGAACGUUUCGAGAAAAGAUAUUUUGAACCGACGGAUUCUAUAUUAUUGUAUUUCAGUAAUGAUUAUGUAAUAGGUGAUGUAUCCGAACGUACGACCGUAUCUAUCUUACGUACACCAGUUUGUCUACGAGAUUUCGUUAAGCUCAGGAUUUAA